AUGUUUAGUCGCCUUUCGAACGUGACAAGUUUUACAAGUCUUUUUUUAAGUGAAAGAUAUUUUCUCAUUAAUUCGUUAUCCUGCCGACUUUACAAAUCCGCUUCAAAGUUGACGAUUGUACAUUCGCCAAUUGCGAAAUUCUUCGGAAGACAAGGCGUUAAAGAUUUCUCUAGUCACGGCGUAUUUGGCUCUCCUGAGCCUAGGAGUCCAUCAAGGAAACCCGCUGAGCAAGAUGAUCUGAAGGAUAUGCUCAAGGGAUACACUCCGGUUGUGCAACUGCAACUUGUCGAGGCCUACAGGCGGGGAAUUCAAUCCAAUACAAAUAGUCAAAAGAGAACUGCAUUUCAAACCAUCUCGUCGUUGAUAGUAAGGGUGAUAACGAUUGGUUUGGGAGCUGCUUUGGUGUUUUUCUUAAUCCGGUCCCCUGAGCGUGGUCUCGGUGGAAGUUUUUCAAAAAUAUUUGAUUCAUCUAUAGCUUCCUUUGCGGACAACGUCGAUGUGCGAUUUUCUGAUGUUCAGGGUUGUGAUGAGGUGAAGAAGGAGCUUGAAGAUAUUGUUGAGUUCUUGCGUAAUCCAGAAAAGUUCGCCAAACUUGGGGCAAAGCUGCCCAAAGGUGUACUUUUAGUUGGUCCCCCUGGAGUAGGGAAAACUCUUCUCGCUCGGGCCGUUGCAGGCGAGGCUCAGGUGCCAUUUCUGUAUGUGUCAGGAAGUAAUUUUGAAGAAAUGUUUGUUGGUAUGGGCGCUUCCCGCGUAAGGCAGUUGUUUUCAGCGGCGAAGGAACAUGCUCCGUGUCUUAUCUUCAUUGAUGAGAUCGAUUCAGUCGGUCGAUUUCGGUCUUCUUCGCCCCUCCACCCCUACGCCAACCAGACCAUCAAUCAAUUACUUGCAGAGAUGGAUGGCUUCGAACCAUCGGAGGGAAUAAUUGUCCUUGGAGCUACAAACCAACGAGAUGACCUUGACAAAGCACUUUUGAGACCUGGUCGAUUUGACUUCCAGGUCUAUGUAUCACCACCCAGCUUUGAGGGUCGAGUAGCACUUUUCCGGCUCUACCUAUCAAAGAUCAGGGCAGCGGCAGAAGUUGACGUGGAGAAGCUCGCCCUGGGUACUGUAGGUUACACUGGCGCUGAUAUCCAAAAUCUCGUCAAUCAGGCUGCAAUCACAGCUGGCCUCAAGGAGGAGCCUGAGGUUACCAUGGCCCACCUCUGGGAUGCUCGCGACCGCUUGUUGAUGGGGCCAGCUAAGCGUAGACCCCUUGACGAUGAGAGUAACAGAGUGUCUGCCUACCAUGAGGCUGGUCAUGCUCUCAUGACGCUCUAUACCAACGACAGCAUUCCGCUACAUAAGGUGACCAUUAUUCCACGUGGAGAGUCUGGUGGGCACACAAGCCUUCUCCAAGACAAGGAUUCAAGCUUUUGGACGCGCUCUCAGCUUAUAGCUCAACUGGAUGUUCUCAUGGGGGGUCGCGUUGGCGAGGAAGUGGCUUUUGGACUAGACCACGUAACCACUGGCGCCGGAGACGACUUCAAGAAGGCAACGGUGAUUGCUGAGAAUAUGGUAAGCCGCUUUGGCUUAUCGAAGAAACUAGGACCACGGGUAUUCGUCGACUCCCACCAAGAUGGGAGUCAGCUGAGCCAAGCGACGCGCGACGCUAUCGACGGCGAGGUGGACGAUUUACUCAACGCUUCUCUAACCCGCGCUCGUGAGGUACUUAGUAAGCACCGUGAGGAGCACCAAACCUUGGCUGAGGCGUUACUUUUCUAUGAGACACUCAGCAGCGACCAGGUUCGCGAUGUACUCGACGGAAAGCUGAAGGUUCCCAAGGGUCCUCGACCCGUCAGGCCUGGUUCAGCGUCGUUGCCAAAGGUUCCCUUAAAUUCGAGCCCCCAAACUAGUGCAGGAGCUCGCAAAUCCAACUUGGGAGAAUGUACAAAAAUGCAGGUGUGA